AUGGCCCGAUCCCGCGACCUCUCCAGCGAGGACCUGGAGGCGCGCGUGGGGCUCGGUCGGAUCUCCGCCCGCCCGCCCGGCCAGCCUUUCCGAGGAGCUUUCCAAAGCCUCUUCCACAGCAUCCGGGAGGCGGGCCAGAGCCCCGCGGCCGGCGGAUCGCGAGGGGAGGCUGGGGCUAGCCCCCAGGCAGCCGGAGCAGGCUUCUCGUCCUUCGCCCCGGGCCAGCCCGGCGACCGCCUGCGAGGGUCCGGCUUGCGGCCGCCUUCCUACCUGUCCUUGGACGAGCAGUCCCAGGCCAGCAAAGGGCUGCAGCCCGACGAGCGGGGGCCUCACGCGGCGGCCGCGUCCUCCUCCCUGCCGCUGCUGGACCGCGCUUUCCAAAGCUGCCCCGGGGACUUCAAAGACAGCCUGGGCGAGAGCAGCCUUGGGCAGGCGCCGGCAAGCGGAGCGCGCGCCGGCGCGGCUCCUGCUGCAGCCCGGCCGGCCGGGGAGGGCAACUUGGGCGAGAGCGGCCAGGAGCUGUGCAGAGCCGUGUCUGCCUCCCUGGGCCUGGCGUGGGAAGCGCUCGACGCCCCUGGCCGCAGCGAGCGGGCCACCACCCGCGACGACUGCAUGUUCGCCCGGCCCGGCGCGCACGCUCGGGCCCUUACGCUGGGCGGCAGCACGGUUGUCGAAGCCGAGCCGGAGAGCGGCGGGGGCGCGCUGUCCAUUACCGUGCCCGGCCACCUGAGCCUCUACAAGGACUCGCCCGAGACGGACGAGCCGUCGGCAGCCGCCUUCCGGAGCCGCGACUGCUACGACUUCCAGCCGGCGCUCCGCAUCAAGCUGGAGAGCACGCCGGCGUGGGAGGCGGCGGCUGGCGGUUGGGGCGCGCCGCGCCGACGCGCCGCAGAAAUGCCCGCCUUGGCAUCCCGCUACCGCGGCUCCCCCGGCCCGGGCUGGCAUCCCUCCUUGGCCGAGAAACGGCAGAUUGACGGGCCGGGCGCCGAGAGCGCCUCUUUCCGCUACGGCAGAAGCCAAGGGCCGGCCGGCCCGGAAGGAAGCGACCUGUCGUCCGAGGCGCGGUACCCGGGAGGCGUGGUGGGCAAGAGACCUUUCGCGCCUGGCCCCGGCUGCAUCAGGGCGGAGCUCAGCCCUUGGAUGGAGGGCUGCGCGGGGGCCUACGGAAACAUGAGGUUGGAUUCUGCCAGGGACCACAUCCUGCCCAUUGACUAUUACAUCGAGCCACAGAAGACAUGCUUGAUCUGUGCGGAUGAAGCUUCUGGAUGCCACUAUGGGGUUGUGACCUGUGGGAGCUGCAAAGUCUUUUUCAAAAGAGCUGCUGAAGGUAAACAGAAUUACCUCUGUGCCGGCCAGAAUGACUGCACCAUUGAUAAGCUUCGAAGGAAAAACUGUGCUUCCUGUCGCCUGAGAAAAUGCUAUGAAGCAGGCAUGACUCUCGGAGAUCGCAAGUUGAAGAAACUGGGUAACCUGAAGUUGCAAGAGGAAGGGGAGACAGCUGGCCCAUCAAACCCCAUGGAGGAGCAAGGCCUAAAGGAGCCCGUGAGCCAUGUGGCCAGCCUGGAAUGCCAGCCAAUCUUCCUCAAUCUCCUGGAAGCAACUGAGCCUGGUAUGGAUUGUGUAAGUCAUGACAACAACCAGCCUGACUUCUUUGCUGCCCUCCUGACCAGCUUGAAUGGGCUUGGAGAGAGGCAGCUGCUGCAUGUGGUGAAAUGGGCAAAAGCCUUACUAGCUAAGGAACAGAAUUCACAAAAAGAACAAUCCCUCCCAUUCUUCUCUAGUUAUAAAGAGCGCCGUCACACAGGGGGAAAUCACAAUUCCUUACUGUCACUUCUCCGCCCCUGCUUUCAUCCUUCAUUGCUUCCUUUUUCUUCCCAGAGAGGAAAGAGGAAGUAAACAAAGACCAUGUGGACCAUUCAGGGGUUGUUUUGAUCAUAGCAUUUGUUUUCGGUUGAAUAAUUCCACGCUUCACCAUAUGAGACGCAUGAAGACAGAACUGAGCAACCACUGGUAGUGACAUCUUCCUGUAAAAAUCAAUUGUAUAGGAAAAUGCUGCUGCAAAAGUCGUUUGUGAUGUGUGAAGGGAUUUUUGUUUUCCUUUGGUUUUGUUUGUGAAUGUUACCUACAAACCUGCAAUUUUGUGAUUAGAUUUCUUUACUCAUAACAAAAGGGCCAUAGAAACCUACUAGUGAGGUUCUUCCUACUGUCAAUGAGCAGAAAUUAGCAUCACAAGUGGGGUCAAGAACAAAUUCUCUCCCAGGCUGUAUUGGGGGAAAAGAUUUUUGCCUUCCUCUGUACUUUAUGGGUUGAGCCAUUUGGAGCUAUUUGGUCUGCAGGCUGUUCUCGGCUGUACUUCCGCUCUCUGCUUAUCGCACAGUAUCCUUAUAUCACAAUGUGAUCUGGUUUCUGGGUGACUUGUGGGGAAAGUACUCUCUUUUCCAGCUGCAAGUUAGAUUCCAAAGCCUUCCCAACUAUCUGUUGUUCUUUGCUCCAACUUAAGUAGAAAGUAUGUUGUUUACACUGCAGCAAACUGUUGGAUCCCAUCUUUAAUUCUCAUAUCCUUGCACCAGUCCACAAGAAUGUGGAUCACACCAGGAUGGCAAGUGCCAGUCAGAGGACU